CGUGACCAAAACCCCGCGAAAUUUUCACAUGGUGUCAUUUGGCGGGAGUUAGCUUUGUUGGUGUGUACAGAUUGGAGUAUCUAGUGACAGUGAAACAUUGUGAUCAACUAUGGCCACUACGGACCUCGAUCAACGCAUCAGAGAUAUCCAGAGGGAAUACCUGGAUUUUCUGGACGAUGAUCAAGAUCAGGGCAUCUAUCAACAAAAAGUCAGGGAUAUGAUCACCAACAGCGAGGUCAGGUUGACUGUCAAUGUCAACGACCUCAGAAAGAAAAAUCCAAAGAGGGCGACAGCUUUGUUGGAGGAUUCUUUUGAGGAGAUGAUAGCUUUCCAGAAUGCUCUGAAAGAACUUGUUGCUUCAGCAGAUCCAGUUUACAGCAAACAACAUGAAGCUUUCUUCGUUGGGCUGGAAGGAAGUUUUGGAGCAAAACAUGUAACUCCACGAUCACUGACAUCUCGUUUCCUGGGCAACAUGGUGUGUGUGGAGGGUAUUGUCACAAAGUGUUCUCUUAUCCGCCCCAAAGUUGUACGCAGUGUCCACUACUGUCCUGCAACAAAGAAGACGAUGGAGAGGAAGUAUACAGACAUGACAUCACUGGAGGCGUACCCUAGCACAGCCGCCUACCCCCACAAAGGUUAGGACAUUAAAAUAAUUCAUGAUGAAGAUGGCAACUUGUUGGAGACUGAGUUUGGUUUGUCGGUGUACAAGGAUCACCAGACAUUUGGCAUCCAGGAAAUGCCAGAGAAGGCUCCCCCAGGCCAGCUGCCAAGAUCUGUGGAGAUUGUUGCAGACAAUGAUCUGGUGGACAAAUGCAAGCCUGGAGACAGAGUCCAGGUCAUUGGUACGUUCCGGUGUCUGCCAGGAAAAAAGAAUGGCUACACCACUGGCACGUUCCGCACAAUCCUCAUCGGCAACAACGUCCAGCUGCUGAGUAAGGAAGUGUCUCCCAUGUUCUCGGCUGAUGAUGUUGCCAAAAUAAAGAAGUUUGGAAAAGCCAAGAACAUGGAUGUGUUUGAGGCACUCAGCAAGUCAGUGGCACCAUCUAUUUGUGGCCAUCCGUACAUUAAGAAGGCUGUCCUCUGUAUGCUGCUGGGGGGGAAUGAGAAGGUUCUAGCUAAUGGAACUCGGCUCAGAGGAGACAUCAAUGUGUUGCUGAUUGGAGAUCCAUCAGUGGCCAAGUCACAGAUGCUGAGGUAUGUGCUAAACACUGCUCCAAGAGCAAUUCCUACCACAGGCCGAGGGUCAUCUGGAGUUGGUCUCACUGCAGCGGUGACAUCAGACCAAGAAACAGGGGAGAGACGUCUUGAAGCUGGUGCUAUGGUGCUAGCUGAUCGUGGCAUUGUUUGCAUUGAUGAGUUCGACAAGAUGUCUGACAUUGACAGAACAGCGAUACAUGAGGUGAUGGAACAGGGCCGUGUGACAAUCUCAAAGGCUGGAAUUCAUGCCAAACUGAAUGCAAGGUGCAGUGUGCUGGCUGCUGCCAAUCCUGUCUAUGGAAGGUACGACCAGUACAAGACUCCUAUGGAGAAUAUAGGACUGCAGGAUUCUCUUUUGUCUCGAUUUGAUCUUCUCUUCAUUGUCCUUGACAAGAUGGACCCUGACAGUGAUCGCCAUAUAUCGGACCACGUUCUGAGAAUGCACAGGUACCGAGCUGGCAAUGAGCAGGAUGGAGACGUUUUGACCAUGGGAAGCUCAGUGGACAUGUUGGCUACACAAGACCCGGAAGCUGAUCGGGAUCAGUCAGAGGAGACGCCCAUGUACGAGAAGUAUGAUGUCUUGCUGCAUGGCAAUUCCAGGAGCAAAAAAGACAAGAUUCUGAGUAUGGAAUUUAUGAGGAAGUACAUCCAUGUUGCCAAGGCCUUGAAGCCCAGUCUGACGAGGGAGGCUUCCGACUACAUCGCCGAGGAGUACGCCAAGCUGAGAAGUCAAGACAACCUCCAGCAGAGCAACGUAGCACGGACUCAGCCAGUGACUGCCAGAGCGUUGGAAACGAUGAUCCGUAUCUCCACAGCCCAUGCCAAGUCCAGACUGUCCAAGACAGUCGAACUCCAAGAUGCUCAAGCUGCUGUGGAACUCAUACAGUUUGCCUAUUUCAAGAAGGUUCUGGAGAAGGAGAAGAGUCGGAGGAGGAAGCAUGAUGAUGAUGAGACUGAGGAAAGUAGCCAAGAGGAAGGAGAGGAAGAAGAGAAACCCAAGAAGAAGAAGCGUAAGGAAGUGCGAGAGCGUCGGCCCUCAAAGAAGGAAGGAGAAGAUGGCUAUGACCCAUAUGACUUCUCUGGGGAUGAGGACAGUCAGGCUGAGGAUGAAGCAACAGAGGGCACGGAGAAAAAGAAGAGGCGAUUACCACGGAGAUCAGAAUCGGCCAUGGAAGCUGAGGAGUCUUCACAGACUGAUAAACUGUCCGAUGACAGACUGAAGGCCUUCAGGAGCUCCUUGUUCAACCUGUUCAAGACUGAACAUGCUCAAUCAGUGGAACUGGACAAGAUCCGGGCGUUCGUGAAUAAGCAACAAGUCGGCUCAGAGUUCACUCAAGAGGAAAUCAUGCAGGCCAUUGACCAGAUGAUGGACAUGAACCAGAUCAUGUUGUCGGACAAUGUUGUCUUCCUUAUAUAAGAAGAUUCUUUCCUGUGGCAGAACCCAGAUCAUGUUGUCAGACAAUGUUGUCUUCCUUAUAUAAGAAGAGUCUGUCCUGUGGCAGAACCCAGAUCAUGUUGUCAGACAAUGUUGUCUUCCUUAUAUAAGAAGAGUCUGUCCUGUGGCAGAACCCAGAUCAUGUUGUCGGACAAUGUUGUCUUCCUUAUAUAAGAAGAAUCUGUCCUGUGGCAGAAC